AGAAGCUUGGAAGAAGAGGCUCUCGGCGAGUAGAUCGGUGUAGUCGCAGUGCAUCGGCUGCUACACUGGCUGGCCGGACGUUCGACGUCGGACACCAUCGUCGGGACACUCAUGCAACGUGCGACAAAAUGCAGCCGACCACGCUGCCCGUUCUGUGUCUCGUGACGCUGGUCUUGUGCAACGUUCACGGCAGUCUUGAACAUGAAAUCCCAAAGAGAAGCUUCCUGUCACGAAGAGCUAUCGAUGGCACCAGGGGCAGGAAGUUCUUCGAUCCGGAAGAAGAGGGAGCGUUUGACAGUUAUGGAUCUGCAGGUGGCCAGUACGAUCCUUACGAGGAGAAAACAGAUUUGUCAGAUAUCAGGAGGAACGUGCCAGGAGAACCAGGUGUUGAUUACCCGGCGUACACGACGCUUCCUCAGACCGGGUUCACGUGCGAAGAACGCUCACGAGGUUACUACGCAGACGAGGUAGCCGGGUGCCAAGUGUUCCACGUGUGCCACGACGUGUUGGUCUCCUCGUUCCUCUGCCCGAUAGGCUCCAUAUUCAGCCAGAAGCUGCUCACCUGCGACUGGUGGACCAAGGUGGACUGUUCAGCCAGCAGCAAGUACAUAGACGUGAACCGCGACAGCUACCAGCAAGACGACGACGAGAUGAUCCGUAAGGCUUACGCCAUGAUCAGCCUUCAAUCGGGUACAGACGUGACGAAGGAUGGCCUGGUGGAUCCCGAUCGAACUGGAAGCAUAGUGGACUAUCAGAGAGGUCCAGGAAGAAUCCUCGACUAUUCUCAAGUCGACCCAACCGGGAACGAUCUGAGAACGAGCUUCGAUUACUCUGCCUCUGCCAAUCGGGACUUCAUUCCGUCUUCUUAUCAGCUGAAGGGGACCAGGAAACCAGAAGCCAGCCGAAGCUACCAAGACAAAUUCUACUCGAGCGAGAAAUCUGGAUCUCCCUACCAAGAUUCGCCGAUUAUUCGAAUUCAGAAGAUCAACGACCCGGGAUACGGGGACCAGAGGAACAAGGACUUCCACGACGCGUAUCGAGGGCCGAACGAGUUCACCAACCAGUUCCAACCCUCCUACGCGCCCACUGUACCAACAGUCACCACUACAACAAGGAGGUUCUAUUCUCCGACCGUUCCCACGAUGUUCAGAUCGUCUACCUUGGCGUACAACAAGCUGGAUCAGGUGAUAGACAGCUCUGACUAUUAUUUCUCACGCGGUAGGACCAACAGUUUCGUCACUCCCCCUACCAGAGUCUUCACCAGCCGAGGCAAGGAUUUCGCUGGAACAGACUCGAGGAAGUCGGUGGCUGUCCCAUCGAGGAAAUCCAGCCGAGACGACGAGUACGUCAAGCAGGAGAGUUACGAGUACGAUUACGAGGACACCGACAACCAGGAACGAACGAGGGACGAACGACCGAGCGAGAGAUUCCAAGUGAGAGUCCUCGACGACUUCAACGACCUCAAUCGUACGAAAGCGGCGAGAGGGAGUUCUCUGUUCGAGGAGGUUUACGAACGAUUCAGAGAGAGGAACAGGGACCAGGAGAAUUUCGAUUCCGCGGACGAUAUCGAUGCCAGGGGUAGCAUCGGUCUUGGCCAAGCGUUGCGCCAGUCUUACAGAGGGAUCUCGGUUCGCCAACAGAAUCCGGUGAAAGUCGAGACGAAGGUCCGCGACGAGUUCAACUCUCGCGGUGAAGAGGUGAAGCACACGCUGGCCAAACCAGAGUCCGAUGCGAAGAAGGAGGGAACGACCGAACAGUACCAAAGAGACGACGAAGAAACGAGAAAGGAAGGAAUUCCGAGCAAUUCGAACGGUUUUAUAUCGACCACCACACCGUCGGUUAUCGAGAGCACCAUAAAAGCGAGCACCAGUCCACGCGAAUCCUCGCACACUUCCAAUUCCAGCGACGCGAACUCUGAAUAUUCAAACGAGAGUGAGAAGGGAUCCAUCGGCGGAGAUUUCCAAACGUCUAGACCAGCCGAAUUCUUAGAACCGCCCUUAGAAAGAGCGCAGAGCAAGUUUCAGAUAAAGGUGCCGGAUCUGUUCGAAGGAUCUACUUUGUUGAUUCGUUACACGGCCCAGCACGAUGCGCCUUACUCAUCGAGCACGUCUCAGCCGCCAAGCUUCGAAGGCGCUGAUCCCGACGAUUAUAUCGAUCAGUCUACUUCUCUCGAUGGAAUCGCAGCGAUAACGAGCAACUACAGGGGCAAAGAGAUCUCUGGAGACUCCAGUUUCAAGAAUCAUCCCAGCACAAUGGCUAGCAUCUUGGUAUUGUCUACUGGAUCGUGGCUCUCUUCCUCUCUUCAGGAUCGAUCGAAUGCCAGAAUCGCCGCGAGAGAUCACAUUGCAGGCAGAGCCGAAGGGGACGCACCAUUGACACUCAAGAACGACACCGAGAACGAAGGGAAAAUCGGUAGGAUCGAGCUUGAGUUUAGCGCGGACGAUGCUCCGAGUUCCGAGGAACGCUCGACGCGGCGAUUUGACGAAACUCCGCCGUCUCCAGCGACUGAAUCCAUCGACGUCGAGUCUUCAGUCGCAGAUGAAACAAAGAAGAAAACAUCGGACGAGUCGAGAGCUUCGCUCGGAUCCAGCAGGCCGGAGACUCUGAGGCACAUCGAGGAGAGUAUCGAUAGGAACAACUCGCCUUAUCAGGUGACGUUGACGAUGAACAGAGACGAGGAGCUGGUGCCAACCGGGCGUGACAUAAUCAGCAAACUGAUAGCCCGGCAGGGCAAAGAGACCUCGAGUUUCAGCGACGAGAUACACGAAUUGGAGAUAAUCAAGUCUGUAGAGCCGGAGUUUCGUAGAACCACGGAGUCGCGUACGACCGCUGUGAACGACACCACCGACAUGGAUGUAACUGACGUCAAGAGAAACGAUCCGAACAUCGUCAGUCUUCUUCAGUUGAUGUCGGAGUUGUUGAAGCUAGACCGAGUUCCUCGCCCGUUCUCCCUGUCGGACGUUCAGAGUUCGAGGCCGAGCGUCGCGUCGCUGGGAACCAUCGCCAAAGACGUGAACUCGAACGCGGAAUUCGAGCAAGACGCGGCGACCAUCGCCUCUCAGGAGACCACUUCCACGGAGCUGAACUUGGAAACUUUUGCCACACGGUCGAAAGAGAAGAUUCUGGGUCAGCUGGAGGAGAACUUCGGAGAGCCUCUUUACAGAGAUGGUAAACGAAGCUCCCUCGAGCUGCCUGAGAAAGAGAGAUCGGUUGGGUUUCAGGCUGCGGUUUCUCUCGAGAGAGCGAACGAGCACGAAGGAACACCGACUGCUGGCGAGACGAUCUCGUCGACGAGUUCCAACGUGGACGUCGAGUCGACGACGGCGGCCACGGCGAAUGUCACGUCCACCACGGAGUCUGAGGUGAAGACUGUGGUGAAGACGGAAUUUGUCCCGUCGAUUGGAUUCUCCCUUGACACCGACGAGGGCAGAGAGGAGUACGUGGAGGCUGUUCUAGGUGGUUUGAUCGAGCCGCAAACGGUGGAAAGUGUGAAGGGAGAGACCGUUCUGGAGGAGAAAUCGGUGAAUGGACCGUUUUCGAGAAAGAACGAAACAACGAGAAGCGUCUCAGGAAUGAUUUGAAGGUGGUUUCUUAGGAUCUUCUAGGAAUGAACUUAGGUUUAGAAUGAAAUCUGUGAUGUCCUGCUGCUUCUUUUUUCCUUUUCUCUCUUUUUUUUUUUUUUAGAUUUCUACGACCGUUUUUCCUUCUUUUUCUUUCCAAUUCCGUGACCAUCUUUCUUUCUCUUGUUCUUUUUAACUCUUGACACUCUAUUUCCUUUUUCCGAGUUCGAGACUUUGGCGUGAGAAAUUGACGUUCCUUCCUUGAAAAUGUAAUGGAUCUUUGAACGAUUGUGAGAAUAAUUAAAUAUGUUGAUUGUCACAGUGA